AUGGCGGCGAUUCCAUCACUAGCAAUCAUUGAUCUCUCAAAAAACAAAGAGGCUGAUAUUAGUCUAAAUAAUAGUACUACUUAUAGUGAACCUGUUACCGGAAGUACUACUAGGAUUAACAUUACUGUCACGAGAUCUUCCUAUCCUCCUAAUCCAAAUCCUAAGAAAGAAACUAGUGCAAACUUCUACAAGUAUGAACAUGCUUCUGGAUCAUCAUUCAUGCUAAGGGAAAUAAAAGACGAUACUGGCAUGGUAAUAAGUGUUAGUGGACUUAGAAAUGUUCCCAAUGUAUCAUCAGUUUCUGCCUAUUGCUGGAAGUAUGACAAGGCUGGUAAUGGUAGGAAACCUAAGAAGGUUCUCAUAGUAGGAAUCACUACCAACUAUCGAGGAAGUACUGAAUAUUAUGCCAGGGGUACUAAUUGGAGAAAUUGGACCAAAAUUAAUAAAGAUUUUCGAUCUCGAAAUCUCCGUGGUGGUCUUGAAAAGGAACUUGAUGAUCUGACUUGUGAUUAUCACGAUGCGGUCACUAUUGACCUUAGCAGGAGUAAAUCUUUGCAUGGAAAUAGAUACUGUUGCACUUAUCAUAAGGAGAUUUCUGGAAAGGUCACUGUUACAAAAGGAGAGAUAAAAGUUAAGGGUCAUAGCAAUCUUACUACUGACUACUAUAAACACUCCAUUGAAGAUAGAUACGAUAUAUCUGGCAUUAAGUACUAUGAGAAUAACGUGGACAAUUUUAGGAGGCGUAUAAUAUCCUCCAGAUUCAGCUGGCCAAUUAAGGGAGCUGUUGAUAUUUAUACAAUAUACUGUGGAGAGAAGCCAACUUUGAUUUAUGUUCAAGCGAAUAAAGCAUAUCCUCCAACAACCACAUGGUAUAGGAGAAGUGGGCAGGGUGAUGAUGCUAAAUGGAAGAAAAGCAAUAAAAUACUAAGAGGCGUAAAACCUAAUGAUUUUGAUAGCCUUGACUGUAAACAUUGGAAAAAGCUCAAGAAUAUACUACAUGGACGUGGUUGUGGUGACUUGAAAGACUGUACUGAAUCACUAUCACUUUCUGAAGAAGACGAAGAUGGUGAUGAGAAAGAAUCUGAUGAUGAAUCUAGUAAUGAUGAAAUGGGUAUAUCUCCAGCACCAGGAGUUCCUCCUCCACCGCCUCCUCAACAACCUGGACCCAAAAGAGAUGAUAGUAAUGGUGAUACUGAAACUGAAGGAGGUGGUGCUAAAAACACUGAAAAGGCUGAUAAACUUACUGUUAUUGCUCCUGCCGCUACUAUACCUGUAGGAUAUAUCAUCUCUGGCGUUUUUGGUGGAUCUGGUGCAGCUGGUUUCGCAGGAUGGAAACUCUACAAGAGUUUUAAACAAGAUCCCUGGGUACGGCAAAUAUGA